AUGGCUGCAGCCACGAUCGAAAUCCCUUUUCUCGCGUCGCACUAUGGCCUUUCUGAAGCCAGCUUGACCACCCUCACCCAGGCUCCCACGGUCGACCUUGUGAACCAGCUCCUGGAGAGCAUAUCGACCAAGGCCCGCGAAUUCGACGACCUCAAGUCGGAUAAACUGCGCCUAGAAGUCGAGCUGGAAAACUCAGUCCGCUCGAGCGAGUCAAAGACUAAAGUGCUGAAGACGUCGGUUGAAAAGGGCUUGACCGAAAUCCACGACCUUCGUACCCGUCUUCAAGAGUCAGAGAACAACCGGUCGAACCUUGAAUCCGAGAUUUCCACUAUCAAAUCGUCGACUAGCUCGAAUGAGUCGGAAGCCAACGGACUCAAGUCACGCAUCACUUCCCUGGAGACAUCGAACCGCGAUACUUUGUCUCUCUUGGAAUCCAAAACCUCUGCCUACGACAAACUUUCGGACGAACUGUCCGCUACUCACCAGAAAACUGUCGACCUGAGACGCCAGCUGUCUACAGUGGAGCAAAAUCUUCAAGCAGCAAACUCAGCAUCUGCAAGUGCUCGCUUCCGCGAACAGAGCCUUCAGCAAGAGCUUGACCUGACCAAGAAGAACAAUGAAUACUUUGAGACGGAACUUCAGGCGAAAAAUGCGGAGUACCUCAAGUUCCGCAAGGAAAAGGGUGCUCGCAUUUCCGAGCUCCAACGUGAAAUCGAAGAGGCCUCUACAACGAUCGACCAACUCCGCCGGAAUGAAAACACGCUGAAGAGCCGUCUAGACGACGUCGAACAGAAAUAUGAAGAAUCCAUUGCCUCUAUGCAAUCUCUUAGGGAAGAAUUCACGUCCACUAGUGAAUCGCUUCGCAUCGAGCUUGACAGCGCCAACCGUCUAGCCGAGCUUCAAGGAAACGCGGCUACCACAGCCAAGCAGCGUGUCCAAGAAUGCCAGCUUGCUCUAGAGAAAGCACGCGACGACGCUGCUGAAGAAAUAUCGAGGUUGCGAGUGGAAGGUGAAACUGAGCAUUCGGACAAAGAAGCUGCUGAACGCAAAAUCGUCGAGCUCGAGACGCGAAUCGGCCAGCUCGAAUCCCAGGGACCUCUCAGUCCGGCUCAUCUCAAUGGCGGCCCUUCCACGCCCCUACGCCCCUCGACUCCUGCUGGGACGUUUUCGCCGCGGACAUCUAAAUCCAGAGGCGGCCUAACAAUGACACAACUAUAUUCCGAGUACGACAGAGUCAGGUCACAGCUUAUCGCCGAGCAGCGCAACAAUGCGGAAUUAAAAGCAACUCUCGAUGAGAUGGUCCAGGAUCUAGAAUCAAGCAAGCCCGAAAUCGAUGACUUGCGUGCUGACCAUGCAAGACUUGAAAAUGCUGUCAUGGAAAUGUCCAAUAUCCUUGAGACAUCUGGGAAGGAACGUGACGAAGCUACCCGCGAGGCAAGGAAGUGGCGUGGCCAAGUCGAAGGGCUGACCAAAGAAACGGAAAUUCUGCGACAACAGCUUCGAGAUCUUAGUGCCCAAAUUAAAGUCCUUGUCUUGGAGGUUGCCCUUUCCAAGGAAGGCCAGGAAUAUAAUAGGGAAGAGUUGGAGAAGAUUGCUCGCAACGAGGUCGAGGAGUCCAUGUCUACUCUCAACUCUACUGGUCGUUUCAUAACACAAAAUUUGACCACGUUCAAAGACCUAAACGAGCUUCAGGAGCAAAACGUUACCCUUCGCCGCAUGCUCCGAGACCUUGGUGACCGCAUGGAAAGCCAGGAAGCUAGAGAACGAGAAGCUUCGUAUCAGCAAGAUCAAGAAGAACUAAAGGAACUGCGCAUUCGCGUCCAGACAUAUCGGGACGAAAUAACGAACCUCACAGCCCAAACCAAGAGUUACGUGAAGGAGCGCGAUACAUUCCGCAGCAUGCUGAUGCGCAGAGGUCAAGCCAGCGCCGACAACUCCAUCUUCUCACAAUCGGUGCCCCUUGGAUCAGCACCACCAACGAUACCACAGCAAUCUGCCGACGUCACUGAUUAUGCAGACCUCCUACGCAACGUCCAGGCUCAUUUCGACACUUUCCGACAGGAAUCGGCAACAGAUCAUACAGCUCUGAAGCAGCAAGUCAAUGAUCUUUCUCGCAAGAAUAGCGAACUUAUGAGCGAUGCUAGCCGAUUAAACAGCCAGCUAGGCGCAGCUGCACAGCGAGCAGAGUUGCUCCAAAACAACUUUAAUAUGAUCAGGACUGAGAAUAGCGAACUCCAAAAGCGCUACUCGACUUUGAUGGAGAAUGUCAAUCGCCAAGAGAUCAAAACUCAACAAGCUGCAGAGGAUCUAGUCGCGGCUAAGGGAUUAGUUGAUAGUUUACAACGAGAAAAUGCCAACCUCAAGGCCGAAAAAGACCUGUGGAAGAACAUCGAAAAGCGACUAGUUGAUGACAACGAAUCUUUGCGGAACGAGCGAGGUAGACUCGAUUCAUUAAACGCCAACCUCCAAAAUAUUCUCAACGAGCGUGAACAUACCGAUGCAGAGAGUCGCCGGCGUCUUCAACACAACGUGGAAUCUCUCGAGUCUGAACUACAAUCCACGAAGAGGAAAUUGAACGACGAAGUCGAAGACACCAAACGCACCACUUUGCGACGAGAGUACGAACACGAGCAAAGUCAGAAGAGAAUUGACGACCUAGUGACCAGCCUCGCUUCCGUCCGCGAAGAACUGAUCGGUGUCAAGACCACACGUGAUCACUUGCAAUCAAGAGUCGACGAGCUCUCUGUGGAGCUCAAGAGUGCUGAGGAGCGUAUCGAAGUGUUACACUCUAGAUCCAGUGCUACUUCUGCUCCUGCAACGUCGACUGAAGCCGCUCCUGGAGGAGGUGAAGCAAACGGUUCUGGUGGUCUCUCUAGAGAACAAGAAUUGGCAAUUGAAGUUUCCGAAUUGAAGCGCGAUCUUGAGCUUGCAAGGACAGACUUGCAGCACGCUAAGGAACAAGUAGAGGAUUAUAAGGCUAUCAGCCAAAAUACGGAAGAACGUCUACAAUCAGUUUCUGAAACCCAAGAUCAAUACCGCGAAGAAACCGACCAACUGGUACAAGAGAAGGACAGCAAAAUCCAAGAUCUUGAGAAACGCAUUGAAGAAAUAUCCUCCGAGCUCUCCACAACAAACAGCGAACUGUCCCGAUUGCGCGACGAGCAAUCCGAAGUCACCCGUCGAUUUGAGGAGCAAAAGGCCGGUUUUGAGUCUGACAUUGUCCGUCUCAAAGAGGAAGCGGAGCGUCAGCUUGAGAAUGCCAAAACCUACGAGCAGAGUGUGCAGGCACAAGCAGAGAUUGCCCAACAAGCCCAGCAAAACUACGAAAAUGAGCUACUCAAGCACGCCGAGGCCGCGAAGCAACUACAAACGGUCCGUUCCGAGGCCAACGAACUGCGCCUAGAAAUCGUCGGUGUCAGAACGCAAGCGGAGAAUUCCAAGAAAGAUUUGACUCAGAAGGAGGAGAGCUGGAAAGAGCAGAAAGACCGGUAUGAGGGAGAAAUCCUUGAGCUGCAAAAACGCCGCGACGAGAUACUGCACCAAAACUCGCUGUUACACAACCAGUUAGAAAACAUCACCAAGCAGAUAUCGACUUUGCAAAAGGAUCGAGCCAAUAUGGCCGCGGGUGAAGACGAAAGUGAAGGUGCAAGCUCCAGCCUUGAGUCUCUCCAAGAAGUCAUCAAGUACUUGCGAAGAGAGAAGGAAAUAGUCGAAGUCCAAUAUCACCUCUCAACACAAGAAAGCAAGCGACUCCGCCAACAGCUAGAUUAUACGCAAUCCCAGCUAGAUGACACUCGACUCAAGCUGGAGCAACAACGUCGGGCUGCUGCCGACAGCGACCACCAAUCGCUUAGCCACAACAAACUGGUGGAGACGCUCAACGAACUGAACGUAUUCCGCGAGAGCAGCGUGACUCUGCGCAACCAAGCUCGCCAAGCUGAAACGGCUCUUGCAGAGAAGACUGCUCGCGUCGACGAGCUUGCUCAACAAAUUGAACCUCUUCAGAACAAGGUUAGAGAGCUGGAGAACCUUGUCGAGACAAAGGAGGAAGAGAUGAAGCUGGUGCAGGAUGACCGUGAUCGGUGGCAACAACGCACCGAAACCAUUCUUCAGAAAUACAACCGUGUCGAUCCGACUGAAAUGGAAGCUCUCAAGGAGAAGCUCGACACGUUGGAGAAGGAGCGAGACGAAGCGACUGAAGUUCGCAACACCUUGCAGACCCAAGUCGAUGGAUUCUCAGAACAACUAGUUAAGGCGGGUGAAGAUGCUAAAGCAGAGUUGCGUAACAAGUUGACCGAGCAGUUCAAAGCCCGAUCAAAGGACCUCAGUGGACGAGUCAAGACCAAGGACAUCGAACUGAAAGCUGUCCAACAAGAAAAGGAAGUCAUUCAACAAGAACUCGACUCGGCUCGCGAAGAGAUCAACCAGCUGAAAUCACAAUCGGCGGAACCAUCUGCAACUCCGAUGCAAGUGGAGGGAGAAACGGCUACUCCAUCUGUCACACAGCAACUAGCACCUACGCCAUCUGCUGGUGAUGAAGAAAAGGUCAAGGCUCUUGAAGAGAAGGUGGCCCGCUUGGAAUCUGCUCUGGCCGAGAAGGAGGCGCAAUUCGAUGCCAAAUUGAAAGAGCGUUCCGACAAGAUGAAGGAGACGUUUAACAGCAAGGUUGCCGAGAUACGCAAUAGCCACAAGCAACAGAUUGAUACCCUCAAGGCGCAGCAGUCCAACGAGCCUGCACAGCCUUCUGAAGCCCCGGCGCCUGGAACUCCAGCUCCGGGGACUCCAGUGCCAGGAACACCUGCAAAGACCGAAUCUGGUGGUCCAUUGCCAGAGUUAACCGAAAGCCAAGUCAAAGACCUUGUGGCUAACAAUGAGGUCAUCAAAGGAAUCAUUAAGCGCAACAUCCAAACGCAGGUCAACAAAGUCAAGGCACAGAUGCAGCAACAGGAAGCACAGAUUCAGGCCGCUACAGGACCAAGCCCUGAAGCGGUGGCCGAACUCGAGCAGAAAUUCGCAGAGGAGCGGGAGCGCCUCAAGAGAGCCUCCGACCAAGCAACCGAUGAGAAGGUCAAGUCAGCAGUUGAGUUAAAUGACAAAAAGUCCGCCGUCAAAAUCAGCAUGCUCGAACAGCGCGCCAAGGUUGCCAUGGCCAAAAUUGUUGUCGUUCAAAAGGCAGCUAGCGAAACCCCUGAGAAGCCGGUGCGUGAGGUCUGGGAAAUUGCCAAAGACGUAAAACCACCCCCAGCGACCCCUGCAAAGCCACCUGUCGCCACACCUCAGAAGAGUACGCCGGCAACUCAAGGACAAGCUGUCCAACCUGUUGCUCCUGCAGCUGCAGCUCCACCUCCAGCUACACCAGCUGCUCCACAAACCCCUACUCCAAACGCAGCAGCACCGAGUCCAUUCGCGGCGAUCCAGCAAAAUCAACCAGUUCAGCAACAGCCAGCGCCUCCAAAUCCGUUUGCUGCCAUUCAGCAAAACCAAACCCAGCCACAAACCACUCCAAAUCCUUUUGCACAAAGCCAGCAGACUACUGCAAGCUCGUUUGCUGCAAUCCAACAGCCACAGCAGCAACAACAGACGGCACAAACUCCACAAGCCCAACCUAAUCAACCAGUCCCCCAGAAUCAGCCAGUGGCGCUGCCUGGAAAACCACAACCCGCUAAUAACGUUGGAACUGGGCCUGCUGCAUUAAAGGCUCUUCAGUCUGGUCUUCCCAUUCCGCGCGGACGUGGUGGUCCCGGCGCCGAUGGACAACAGCAGGGUCAGCAACAACAUGGCCAGAAUCAGAGUCAACGUGGCUCUGGAUUACCUCGUGGUGGACGCGGUGGCCGUGGUCGUGGUAAUCAGCGUGGUGGUGGCCAGGCAGCCUCCCCGCAAGCACAUGAUGGCGCUGGUAGUAACAGAGGGGCGAUGAAUGCAAAUGCUCGCCAGUUCAUCCCUCAGGGCAACAAACGUCCUCGUGAGGAUGCUGGAGAAGGCGGAGGUGAUGGGGAUAACAAUCUUGGAAAGCGAAUCCGAGGCGGUGGACAUAAUCGAGGCGGUUAA